GCGUAUUUUAUUAACGUGGUGAAGUAUGGAGACAGAAGGUCGGGACUUUUUGAACACUCCUCCUGUAAAGAUCGUCAGAUUUGGAGGCAGUGUGGCAGAAACGUUGGCUAAACACAAACGGGGAGACUCAAGUGACUAUGAACUGUUAAAACACCAGCUGGCUGAUCCUGAAAUAAAGGAUGCUCAGAUCAUCAACUGGCUGCAAGAAUUUCGGACUUGUGUGACCCAGCUAACCAAAGAUCAUGAACAGCUCAUCUACACAAUCUUGAGGCUUCCUUGGGUUGGCCGAAGCCAGGCUGUGGUGGAGGAGUACAUGGCCUUCCUAAGUAACCUGGUUUCAGCACAAACUGUCUACCUAUGUGCUUGUCUCAAGAUGGUGGUUUCCCACUUCACAGCAAAGCGAGUGAUGAUCUGUGAAGAAGGAAUUGAUAUCUCGGACUCAGAUGAGGAAGAUGAAAACCUCCCCAGGAACUUCAAUCAGAGUCACCAGGCUUUGCAGCUUAUCACCAGAUAUGUUCCAUCGUAACACAGUCGCUUCCUUAUGCCCAUUUUACAAGAGAACUUUCCCUUCAUACAGAAAUCUUCCAGAACACUGGAGUGUUAUGUCCACAAUCUCUUGAGGGUGACCGUUUACAUACCAUCACUGAGACGAGAUGUACUGGAGGUGAUCAUCAGCAAAAUGCUAAAACUGGAUGUUGGUGUAUCCCGGUCAGACAUUGAGGAAGCAGAAGAAAAUGCAGUGCAGCAGCUGCAAGCAAAGGAGCUGAAUGAGGAGGGCCUAUUUGACAUGGAUGAGUAUAUGCCAGCAGAUCUCCCCUCAAGGACAGCAGUUAUGGCCCAUCCAGUGGCUGAGAGGGCUGGACAAAACAUAGCUUUUGCAAUCUCAUACGUUGUUGAUUUGCUUUAUCAUCCUUUGUUUUGUGUUUCAGGCUCUCUUCUUGUAGAAAGUACUAAGGAGCUGUACAGAGAUUUGUUGAGUGUGUUUGACAAGGUCAUUCUGCCAACACAUGCCUCCUGCCAUGUCCAGUACACAGUGUUUUACCUGUGCAGCUUCAGACUGACCUUGGCUGAGGCCUUCCUGGAUCAUCUUUGGAAGAUCCUGCAGAACCCAACUCAGCCUGCUGUUCUCCGUCAGGCUGCGGCUGGAUAUAUGGGGAGUUUUCUGGCCCGAGCCAAGUUUAUCCCUGUGCUCAUUGUGCGGGCGUGUUUAGACCUGCUGCUCCCAUGGAUCCAUCGCUACAUCGACAGUCAGGACAGCAGUGGCAGACAAGCCUGCUGUGACAUUGGUCUGCAUGGACCCUUCUACACUGCCUGUCAGGCUGUCUGCUAUACACUUAUAUUUAGACAUAGAGCCAUGCUGGAGGGAAACAGAAGAGAGGUCUAGAGUACCUACAAAAGUCUGAACCUGGAGCGGGGGUGGAUGUGUCAGCUCAACCCUCUCAAAGUCUGCCUGCCGUCAGGCACAAGCAUUUCAUAUGUCUGUUGCAGGAAGUAUCAGAUUGUGUUCUGCUACACCAUCAUAGAAAGGAACCGUCAUAUGCUUCCCGUGGUCCGCAGUUCUGCAGGCGGAGACGGUAUCACCACUAACACCAACCCUCUAGAUAGCUUCUUCCCCUUCGACCCCUAUCUGCUCCGGAGAUCUGGUCAGCUGAUUGAGCCAUGGUACCAGGCUUGGGAGGAACUGGCUAACACAGAGCUUCCUGCCACCGAAGCGGGCCAUCAGGGCUCAUGUGAAGAUGAUGAUUUUCUGUGUGAGGAGACUCCCAAGACCGAGGGUUUUGUUGGAAUGACUCCAAGCUCCUAUGACUCAAACCUUUGCAGCCCAAACUGCGUGGGUUCACCCCCAAUCAACUUCCAGUGACCUUAUUCCUACAUCAUUUAA